AAAUAAAGUAUAUUUAUAUUUCGAUAGUUUACACAGUGAUAAGUUUUGUUAUUGGUAAUAUUUCGGUUUGGACUGCUAUUCUUUAGAGUCGCCUUGCAAUCCAACAUGGCCGACUAACAUGGCCGAAAAUAACCCUUGAGCGUCUCACUCCAUCAAUGACCUUGAACAUGCGGGAUAUAUUGAGAAAAACUGAAGGCCGCCUAACAGGGGUGCAUACUGACAUUAAAUUGCUCAACAGAAGGCGGGAUUUCCGAGACUGGAUUAAGCAGCCGAUUUUUCAUUAGAUAUUUUAAGAGUUAAACGGCUUUAGGAUAUAAUCAUAUUUCCACUAGCUUCUGGUCUUCGGAAUGUUUUUAAUACAAUGAUAUUGAUGGUCAGCUGUUAUAUUUGAUCCCCGAAAGGAUCAUGACAACUUCGGUAAGCACUCAGGCGAAACCUUCACUAUCUGUUCGUACACGUGCUCUAACAAACAAAUAUCACACAAAGUUAGCAGACAAACGUGCAUUGUUAUCUGCCUCAAUCGAUCAACGACUGCGUCAUCGAAACAGAAGUGUAGAAAGAAGUCAUGUUAGGCGUUCUCACGUUUCCUUAAACAGUGAUAACGUCAAACCACCCAUGGGAGAAAGUAGUCUUUGUGAGCAAUCUGUGAUCAAUUCCGCUCAAGAUACCUCUUCUUCUUCCGUUUCUUCUACUUCUUCCGGAUCAAAUGGGCGGUCUGUUUGUCGAUGGAAAGAUUGCGAGUGCUCUGACAUUGAACGGACUCAGUUAGUUAAUCAUAUUCAACAGAUGCAUGUGCUUCCACAGCUGUCCAGUCGACGUAGGCAUUUUUGUUGCUUAUGGCAAGAUUGUCGGGUAUAUGGACGACCCAGCGUCUCAGGUGCCUGGCUAGAACAACAUAUCCUUUAUCACACAGAUGCCAAAGGGAAACCGUUCAGGUGUAUUUUCGAUUCGUGUGUAUUACGAUUCUCCACGUCCACACUGUUAGAACGUCAUGUUCAGCGGACACACAUGCGCACUAACCGUAGUAAAAGUGAUACUGUUAGUGAGUUGUCAGUCACAGACAAGACUGUUUGUCAGCCACAGUCAGACGUCAACACUUCUCAAAAUUCAGCAAAGCAGCAGACUUCAUCAACAGUCAGAAGAAAUUUACGCAGACGUAAGAAAGCGCGAACAUACCGAGUUCGUCGUGUUGAUUUUUAUGAUCGUAGAAGUCAAAUGCUUGUAAAAAGAAAACUGAAAAUUUCCGAUCUCCUUAAAAAAUACCUUACAAAUGAGUGUGAUGAGGAGCGGCCUAAUAUUUUACGACAGAAAUUGCCCAACUUACCGGCUAGAUUAUGUGAAAAGCCCAGCCCUUCCACUUCUGAUAAUUCAACACAGCAUCCGUCCAAUAAGGAAGAAUCUUCUGUACUGACAUUACCAGAAGCUACUGAAGAAGUUCGCCAGCACAUAUCAAUGUUAUUAAGAAUUCCUUAUACAUUUGCCGGACAACGCAUAUCUCUGGACGGUCAGCAUCAAUAUUUUAUCCGUUGGGUCCAUGGACAUGCUAGUGGUAUCCCUCCAUGUAUUUGGGUUUCUGAAGAAGAAUUACAGUUAGCAGCUCAUUUGCAAAAAUCUUUGUGAUUGGCGCACAAUACCUUCCUCAUUGGCUGAUAAAUAGCUGCAUUUUGCUGUGAAAUAUUAUAUAUAUAUCUCAGCGAGAAUAUGGGCUUUCGAUCUUGUCUGCCUCUGUACUCCUCACCUAAAGUAUUGGAUUCAACUGUGAAACAAAAAAACUGUUUUUGUUUAUCAUCUUUUUUUUCUUAUGUUCAACUUGAUUUAUGAAUUUUUGCCUGUUAUUAUGUUACAUUUGUUUUUUUUUUACUGUUUUUUUGUUUUGUCGGUUUUGCUCAAUUUAUUUGAAUACUUAUUAUUUGGUUUGGUUGACUUCUUCUCUUUAUAUAUAUACAUAUUAUGCAUAUUUAUGAUGUUAGUUGAUAAACAACGUUACGUUACAUAA